UGCAUACGUGUAUAUAUAUGAGUGUGUGAGGAAGAUGGCGAUUGCCCAAAGCCUCCAAAUUCUUUAUUCCCUCUCAUCCACCGCCUUGUAUCACCCGUCUUCUCCAAAACCUACUUCUCUCCUGGCUCUGAACCUCACCGUAUUUUCAUCGCCGUCGAGUUUGAGUGGUAUAUUAAUAUAAAGAAUAAGAAGAAUGCUGAUGUAAAGGGAUUUUUGAGGAUUUUGUUUUGGUGGAAGGAAUUAAUAUAAAUAAGAAGAAGAAGAAGAACAAGAAGAAGAAGAACGACAAUGAACAGCAAUAUUGGGCCUUUUGGAGAUACUACACUGACCAAAGUGUUUGUUGGAGGGUUAGCAUGGGAGACACCUAAGGAGGCCAUGAGAGAACAUUUUGACAAGUAUGGUGAGAUCUUGGAGGCUGUGAUUAUCUCCGAUAAGGUCACCGGCAGAUCCAAGGGCUAUGGAUUUGUGACGUUUAAGGAUGCUGAAGCAGCAAAGAAAGCUUGCGAGGACGCUAAUCCAAUCAUCAACGGCCGCCGCGCCAACUGCAAUCUGGCUUCGCUUGGUUCUCGCCGCCGGAGGUCCGGCUCUUCGGCUCCUCCUCAACAAGGAUCCAACGUUAGACCGAGGUCCACAUCAUCAGCACCAGCCCAUCACGUGCAGUGGUACUAUCCGGCGGGUUCACCUGCAUCCCCAUUUCAUCAUCAGCACCAUCAGGCCGUUCCUUUUUAUGGGUACACCCCAACUUAUGUUGCCACUGACGUCAGUUACAAUCACAAGCUGAGCUACACAGGCGGGUCCUACAUAAACGGGCAUUUCUCUCAGGUGUACCCAGGACAGUCUAUUAUAGGUGCCAAUGCAGUAAUGCCAAUGUACCCGCUUUAUCACUUCUAUCAAUCACAGACAAUGGGCCUACCUGCCCAUAUUUUCCCACCAACCACAGCGGGACUCAUAAACACUGUCCCCACAAUAAUGUCGAAGCCCCCAUCGAUAGCUCCUAGCUCAGUUUGCUUGGCUGUGGAAUAGGUACAAUUGACACAAGGGAAAGUUUUAAAAAGGUUGGUUAAACAAGGGAAAUGGAGGAGGACACUGGAGAGGAUUGCAGAUGCUGCAGAAAAACAUUAUUUUCUCAUCUGUACUGAUGUGGCUCUUCUUUCCUGUUCAUCUUUAUCUUUACUUUAUUUAUUUAUCAUUAAUUAUGAUUCUUAGGUGUUUGAUAA